CAUCUUGCGCUGUAUAAUCUUGGAUGUACCUGAGUAACAUCUGAGAUGGUACGGAGUAUGAUUAUAUUGUCUGAAUAGUAUCCAGAACUAUCUACAUAGCAUUGGGUAGAAUCUGAGAUUUAUUUUUUUACCGUCGAGUUUGGAACGUUUUUUGCCAGUGCUCGUGAUCGUCGAAAAGUCUCUGGUUGCUCGUGACUAUAAAAGUUCCAUGUAAGAACUUGAGGAACAGAAAAACCGUAUAGUAUGACGGUGUCGCUGCUACGAAUAAAUUGCUCAUCCGUAUCGAUAACGUUACAGCUAUUGGAAAAAAAAAUUGUUUUUACAAGUGAUUAAGCUGGUUGGUGAACAAAAACUUCAACGACAUGACGCGUGAAUAUUCAUCGGGGUCCCGGCUUCUGCUAAUUCCAGUAUUCCUGGGAUCUUUCGUUAUAUCGACUUGGGCAAAUCCUCAGCUUAAACAUGUUCACUCAUGGACAUCUCUAGACUUCGACUACCCCACUCAAGCACUAAGGGAUGCUGCGAUUCGCUCGAAAACGUUUAUACCCGGUGGUUUGGUACCAUUAGACGUUGACGUAUACACCAAGGGCAACAACAAAUUGGGAGCCCGGCUAUUCGUAACGGUACCGCGAUUCCAGGACGGAGUACCCGUAACCCUCGGAUAUGUGACAAAUAAAACCAACUCCGAGCGAAAUCCCUUGAUCGCUCCUUUCCCAAAUUGGGAUAUGCAGAGGCCUGGAGGAGAUUGUUCAGGAAUAACCAGCGUUUACAGAAUUGCUAUUGAUUCUUGCGACAGAUUGUGGGUAUUGGAUACUGGAAAACUUGGUGACGUUCAGGCUUGUCCACCCCAGCUCCUGCUUUAUUCUCUGAAAACAAACAUACUGUUGAAUCGUUAUCCCUUCCCAAAAUCUCAGUACGCGGACGCCUCGCUUUUCGUUACGCCUGUCGUUGAUAUACGUGGCUCUUGCAACGAUGCAUACGUUUACAUUGCUGACGUGACUGGUUUUAGUUUGAUCGUUUACGAUCACAGCUAUCAGCGAUCCUGGAGGAUCGUUAAUAAUCUCUUUUAUCCCUAUCCUGAUUACGGGACUUUCGAAAUAAACGGAGAGUCGUUCGACCUCAUGGAUGGCCUUUUCGGAAUGGCUCUUGGACCGAUUGAAGCGGACGGCGAUCGAACGCUGUACUUCCAUUCGUUGGCCAGUCGUGUUGAGUCUUUCGUACAAACAUCCGUGAUACGGAAUUACGAAACUUUUGCAGACAACGCAGGAGCCUCACCGAGAUCUUUCAAAUCUUUCCCGAGCCAGAGAUCCUCGCAAUCGGCAGCCGAGGCAAUGGACCGCAAUGGCAUUUUAUUUUAUGGUCUCAUGUCCGACGUCGCCAUCGGCUGCUGGAACAGUAGAGAUUUUCCUGAAUUCGGGGGACGCCACAUUGAAAUAGUCUCCGCGAAUAGAGAAACUUUACAAUUCGCUUCUGGAAUGAAGGUGAUACAUUCAAAUGAUAACGAACGCGAAGAGCUUUGGAUUAUGACGGUUUCCUUCCAAAAGGUGAUGAAUGGUUCGCUGAAGCCGAACGUUACGAAUUUCCGUAUCCAGGCAGCUUUCGUCGACGAAUUAGUGCGCGGAACAAUUUGUGAACCUUCACAUAGAAAACCCAAGGAUAGAAAUCGCAUCAUUUUCAACCGUCAAAUACCACAUUACCAUCACAGACAUUACACGAUGGUUUUCAAGAUCGCUGUCAUAUUUUUUGCUUCCUCAAUCAGCCUAAAUUUCGCGAGGCUCGAUGUUGCUUAUGAGUGGAAAUAUUUAGAUUAUGAGUGGCCAAGUUACAAGCAAAAACUCCAAGCAAUCAGCAGUAAGAAUUACGAUUUAAGGAAUAACAUUCCGUUGGAUGUGGACCGAGCACCAGAUGGGAGAAUGUUUGUGACGGUCGUGAAACAGCCUGGUGUGCCUGCAGCUUUAAAUACGAUUUCUAACAAGAGAGGCGAAGGUGGUCACUUGCUCAAACCUUAUCCCGACUGGUCCUGGCACAAUAGAAAAGACUGUACUGGAAUAACAGGAGUUUUUAGAGUUGUGAUCACCUGCGAGCAUCUUUGGGUCCUUGACACCGGUAACAACGGCGAAGAUCAAGUGUGUCCAGCCCAAUUAUUGGUGUUUGAUUUAACUUCUGAUAGAUUAGUUAAAAAAAUCAUUAUACCAAAGGAAUAUUCUACGAAUGCAGAGGGUGAAGGGCUUCUUGUUACUCCGGUCGUUGAUAUUCCCUACUCAGUCUGUGGCGCCAUUAAUGAAGCUUAUGUUUAUAUGGCAGACACCGUGGGUUAUGGAAUGGUGAUUUGGGAUGGCAAAAGAUUGUGUCGACUGGAAUCCCCAUAUUUUAAGCCUGAAAAUCCUGGUCUCACCUUUUCGGUAGCUGGAGAAGAUUUCGAAUUGCCAGACGGCCUAUUGGGUAUGGCGAUCGAGCGGAGUCAGGCUAAUUACGGAGAACGUCGUCUAUACUUUCGUCCACUAGCCUCGUUCUCGAUGUCCCACAUUAAAAUCACUGAUCUCAACCGCUUAAAGUCUUAUCCGUCAACGGGGGGUUUUCGCACAGAACCACACAAAAUACGCAGUCAAUCAGCUGCCCAAGCAUUCUCGAGGGACGGGAUACUUUUUUACAGUUCAAGCACCGACAUGGCCUUGGUUUGCUGGAAUCGUAAGAGACCAUUCAACUAUGAUAAUAACGUACUAUUCGCCCUCAAUCAGGAGACUCUGCAGUUCGCUAGCGGAAUUAAGGUUUUCAACGAUGAACAGGACACGGAAUACUUGUACGUUAUGACUAAUCGGUACCAACGGUUCUACAAUGAAGUGAUGAACUUCGAUGAUUACAAUUACAGGAUUUUGAAGGGCCGAGUUGAUGAGCUGGUAAAUGGCACUUACUGCCAGAAUUGAUUGACUGGGACUUUGCAUUUAUUUGCUCAUUUCGAUAACGUACGAAAUCGAUUAAUAUUUAUCCGGUGUAAAUCGAGCGGAAUCUCUACAAAAUUAGUGGAAUUCUCCGGGAUUUAAAGCUUUCAAUACUUUUUUCUUAACGUUCGAAAUACUUGAUUUAUAUUUUAGUACAUCAGUUACGUGUGAAAUAUUUAGUGUAUAAUUAUGUCGAGCUACGUGCCAGCGAUAAAUUCACCAUGGGAAAAUUCUUGCCUCAAAUUCUUGGUAACUUUGUUUUUUGAAAAAACAAUUUAAAUUGGAUUUUUCAAAGUACUGAAUAAAUACACACUUGGAAAAUUA